AUGGUCGGAAUUGGCGGCGGAGCACCUUCGGAAGAGAAUGAUGUCCGACUGGGAGAUGUCGUGGUCAGUUGCCCAACUGGUAAAUCUGGUGGAGUUGUACACUACGAUUUCGGUGUAGCCAUGCAAAACAAGGAGUUUCAGCGGACUGGAGUGCUCAAUACACCGCCAUUCAGUCUUCUGACGGCUGUCCAACAUCUGAGCUCUGUUCACGAGCGACGAGGGCAUAAUCUUUCUGAAAGCAUUAAUUCAACCUUUACAAGUAACCACAGGCUCAAACAGAAGUAUGAACGCCCUCCCCCAACGACGGACAUUUUGUAUGUGUCCAACUUCGUGCAUUCCAUCGCAAAUAAGCCAUGCCUAGGGCUCUGCGAUGGUGACCUUGGCCAUCAGGUACCUCGACCUCAACGUGAAUCUCCGGAGAAUGAGCCAAUGGUGCACUAUGGGCUAAUUGCUUCCGCGGAUAAGUUGAUGAAAGAUGCUACAGUCCGCGACCAGUUGGCUGAGACCGAAAAAGUCUUGUGCUUUGAAAUGGAGGCUGCAGGUCUUUUGAAUGCAUUCCCAUGUUUGGUUAUUCGGGGAAUUUGUGACUAUUCAGAUACCCAUAAGAAUGACAUAUGGCAGGGCUACGCUGCAGCUGCCGCUGCCGCCUAUGCGCGAGAGCUUCUUCACAUCAUACCAGCAUUGUCACAAGCAGAAGCAACACCGCAGAGUGCAGACAGUGCAUCUACCACUGGAAUUCAUGAUGCCCUCAAAUCCUUCGUAUCCGAGUUGGCGGAGUAA